AUGGCUACAGAGCAAGAGCUCAUCACACAGAACAAACAAGGUUGUCAGCCUCAUGGUACCGGGAUGAUAUUUUUGGUAGAUUAUGUCAAGAAACUUGAUUUUGGCACCAGAAGACGAAAAGAAAAGAAAGAUGAAGGAAUGGUACAGACUACACCCAGGAAGAUUGUGGACAGAAUAGAUGACAACAAAGAUGGCUAUCUCACAACAGAGGAAUUGAAAAACUGGAUUAAACGGGUACAGAAACGCUACAUCUAUGAAAACGUGGCCAAAGUUUGGAAAGAUUAUGAUCUAAACAAGGACAAUAAAAUCUCCUGGGAAGAAUACAAACAAGCCACGUAUGGCUAUUAUCUAGAAAAUCCAGAAGAAUUCCAAGAUGCAACUGAUCAGCACAGUUUUAAAAAAAUGCUGCCCAGAGACGAAAGACGGUUCAAAACUGCAGAUCUGGAUGGAGACUUAGCUGCCACUCGUGAAGAAUUCACUGCCUUUCUUCACCCGGAGGAGUUUGAGCAUAUGAAAGACAUUGUUGUCUUAGAAACCUUAGAGGACAUAGACAAAAAUGAGGAUGGUUUUGUGGAUCAAGAUGAGUACAUCGCCGAUAUGUUUGCAAAUGAAGAGGGUGGACCAGAGCCUGACUGGGUGAUUACAGAGCGUGAACAGUUUUCUGAUUUUCGUGACCUCAACAAGGAUGGAAAGAUGGACAAAGAGGAGAUUCGACACUGGAUUCUCCCACAAGACUAUGAUCAUGCACUAGCUGAAGCCAGGCACUUAGUCUAUGAAUCGGACGUAGACAAGGAUCAAAAGCUAACAAAAGAGGAGGUUCUAGACAACUGGAAUAUGUUUGUUGGCAGUCAAGCUACUAAUUAUGGGGAGGACCUCACAAGAAACCACGAUGAGCUAUGAUACAGUGUACAAAGCAGUAUGCCACAGACCUUUUCUCCACAUUACGGAAGUCACCAUGUCCAUCCCCUCUUUUGGGGUGGACAAGGGAUACCCUCACAAUUGAACUGACUUAUAGCAAUAUAUAUUUUAACAUACCAGCUUAUUACCUCGGAAACUGCACAGAAAUAGCCUUUUACUCUUUUCACACUGUUAAACACUGUAUCUUAUUACUAGAGUUCUUUUUUUUGGGGGGGGGGGGGGGGGAAGGAGGGUAACUUUCCUUGAACAUAUCCCUGAACUGGGAAUGCAUUUCUAAAACAUAAUUCUGAAGAUCUUUAGUAGUGAAAUAUUUUCUUCAAAUGCCCAUUUUAUCAUAGUGAAAUACAGCUAGGAUUAGAAAGAAACUUAAUGUUUAAACAGACUAAUUUGUUUAGUCAUCUUUCUUUAAUAGCAUAUAACAAUUGAGAAUUAUAGUUUCACCCUCUUAUAUAAAGACUUGGUACCACAAGAUCCACAGCCUUUUUCCCCACACUGCAUUUUUCUUUCUUAGUUUGGGCCAGAGGUGAUGAAGAAGGGAUCCAGCAGCCCUGUGGCUCAUAGCUUUACAAGUACAACACGUACAACUGGCCCUCCUCUCUAACCCCAUCACGAUGCAGAGACAGCACGUGUGGCCUGACAGCCUGUGCCAGCAUUCCUUAGUGAGAAGCGUAGAGUUCAUAGUGACAGCUACUCCUUCGAACAACAGAAUAAUGUACAAUUGUUUGUGGGCUGUUGGUUAUGCUGUUUCCUGGGAGGAAUUAUGCCACAUGGAGCAUAAUUUAUCUCAUGCUUUUCACACUUUACCCAGGCCAUACUCUUAUUCACACAGUGUGAAUGGCAGCAGUUCUGUGAUGGAGAAAGAAUGAGACGUAUCAUUCCUCUGGGCCUUCUGUCUUCCAAGCCACAUAAGGGGACAGAUUCAUGUGGCUAAAGUUCUGCUUUUGUAUGUAUAUGUGUUAUUGAAGCAACUGUAUGGAGACAGCUUUCCUUCCAAAGGAAAGGGUAAGCUUUUCUUUUUCCAGACAGGUGCAUUCUUUUUUUUUUUUUUUUUUUUAAACUGUAUAAUGUGAGCUGUUACAUGUAUAUUUUUUAUAUAAACAACCUAGAAAAGUUUGGUUGUUUUUACAUGUACUGGUUUUAAAAUAAGCACAAUAAAACCAUUACUUCCUUUUUGAUACUAUGAAGGUGCAAUAACACUAAUACAGGCUAGCAUAGAGAGAUGCAGUGAAAGCAGAAACCAGAUCUUUAAAGCCAGAAGUUCCAAAAGCACCGGAUCACUGGCAGGUCCUGUAGCGCUGGCUGGUUGUCUAGAAACAGCAGCUAGUCAUAUGGCACCAACUGUUUCUUCCUGCUUUGCUUCAUCCAAAAAAAAACCCCAAACCCAACCAAAAACAAACCCUAGAAAGAAGUCCAACGUACACAGUUGCUAUCACUGUCACUAGAAUCUGUUUGCAACGCUAACAUUAGGAUGUUUGGUCUGCAGGGUGUUACGGGCAGCAGGGGGAAGUCCACAAAACACUUGACUUUUAGGUACCUUGAAGACUUCCUGUACAGCAUGAUACACCAGCGAUCACAGAGCCAUUCAGAGAGAAGAGCUUUGUGACUCUGUGAUUGUGAUGUACUUCUGGCAAAUUUGGGGAAAUCACCAUGAGACAAUGCAGAACUGUGACCUCCAUAAACAGUGUCAUUUUUAUAAGGUCACAUAAGAACUAUUUUCAAAUACUUCUUUCAGUUGAAAAUAAUCUAAACUGUAGAUCAUACUGUCUGGCAGAGAUUACAUCUUGCUAGCACGAUUAUUAAGCUUUUGGUGUGCACUUCUUAUGACAUUGCCAGCAAUGUCUUCUAAAAGUCCCUACCUCCUCCACUAACAUACAGUAGGACAAAUGUCAUAAGCCAUAAGCAAACUGCUUUUGCUCUUCCAAUACCCUCAAGUCAAAGUAAUGCUUAAAUGUAGUGUUAUCUGAAAAGCAAUAAAAUUCUAUCUU